AUGGUUUCCGCCACAGAGCGUCCAAAGUCGCGGAAUCCAGAGCCGCACGAGGUCAGAAGCAGGUUCCUCGUCAGCAAUAUUCACUGCGCAUCGUGUGUCACAUACGUCAAGGAGGUUCUGAGUCUGGUUCCUUCCGUCAGAGAUGUCGAUGUCUCCAUCAUCACCAACGAAGUACGCGCGUACCACGGCGUAGGGACACCAGCAUCGAAGCUCGCCGGGGCGUUGAUCCAAGCAGCCUUUGAGGUGCACCACAUCACUACGUACGAUGACAAGGGAGCGGUGGUCUGGGAUCAGGAUGUUACACCAUGGCCAUCCCGUAGCCUUUCGCUGCUUUCCCUUGCAUCUCAGUCAGCCUCUUCUCAUAAACGGCGGGAAUCAGUCGGACACUCGAGACGAAAGCAACACAUCGCCAACUGUGAUGCUUGCAAAAAGGAGGAAACAGAGAAGCAGAAUCUUCUUCCCUCCACAUCUGAAAAGGCUCUUUCUUUCAAAGACGAAGACGCGAAGCAGGUGCCUGGGACAUCUUCCACAGUUGCACCUGAGGAUAAAGCUCUCCAAAAAACCUAUAAUAGCCUGUCUACCUUAGAGUCUGGUGAAGCGGCCCCUCCGACACAACAGCCAGACGAGUUUAUCGCUCGUGUGAGCAUAGGUGGUAUGAGUUGCGCAUCUUGCGCCAACAGCAUCACCAACGAGAUCAAACAGAUGGAUUUCGUCAAGGAUAUCACAGUCACUCUCCUCACAAAUAGUGCGACUGUCACAUAUACCGGCCCACGGUCGAAUGCUGAAAAGAUUGCAGAGCAAAUUGAGGAUAUCGGGUUUGAAGCGUCUGUCGAUGAGGUCAAUCAAGUAUCACCCCCGGAAAACACAUCUUCUGCGUACGUCACUGAGAUCGCAAUUGUUGGCAUGACCUGCGGCUCAUGCGUGGGGACGGUGACCAGAGGGCUUGAAGAGCUUCCUUUUGUCACCAACGUGACAGUCAAUCUGUUGUCGCAUAGCGGAAAGGUGGAAUUCAGGGGCCAGGACAACAUCGACGCCAUCGUGGAGAAGAUCGAAGAUCUGGGUUACGAUGCCACCGUCAACAGCGUCCAUCCAUUAUCUGCAAGCUGUGGCAGUGACUCCAACAAAAUCACGACCAGAACAGUCUCCAUCCAGGUGGAGGGGAUGUUUUGUCAUCACUGUCCCGAAAAAGUGAUUGAUUCCUUAAAUUCUCUUGGAGAGGGGUCCUUCGUGAUCGAUGAGCAACUGUCCGUCAAUAAUCCGAUUAUCAAAGUAACGUACACCCCCAACCCUCCCUCGUUCACUAUUCGAAACGUCAUCUCUGCCAUUGAGGGAGCCAGCGAGGUCUUCAAGGCGACAGUCUACCAUCCGCCCAGCAUCGAAGAUCGAUCGCGUGCAAUGCAGCAGCACGAGCGUCGUCGUUUGCUCUCUCGUUUAAUCUUCGUCUUUGCUGUUGCUAUCCCGACUUUUCUCAUCGGCAUCGUUUUCAUGUCCCUCGCUUCAUCUCACAACUCAGCUCGCAAGUACUUGGAGCAGCCAAUGUGGGCUGGAAAUGUAUCCCGCAUGGAAUGGGCCCUUUUCAUAAUGACGACCCCCGUGAUGUUUUACGGAACAGAUGUCUUCCACACUCGAGCCGCCAAGGAAGUAUAUGCCUUGUGGCGUCGAGGCAGCAGGGUCCCCGUCUGGCGAAGAUUCGUCCGUUUUGGCAGCAUGAAUCUCCUCAUAUCUGCGGGCACAAUGGUCGCAUAUCUCGCUUCUUUGGCCGUUCUCAUUAUUGACGCGGUGGACACAUCAUCCUCGGGCUCCAGCACCACAACUUACUUCGACUCCGUUGUUUUCCUGACUCUCUUCAUUCUAGCCGGUCGGUUCUUGGAGGCAUACAGCAAAUCAAAAACCGGGGAUGCAGUUUCGUCCUUGGGGAAGCUGAGACCAUCGGAGGCGUUGCUGGUUGAAUCCUUCCCUGACCAGGAUGCUACCGACAAGAUCUCCCGAGUCAGCGUUGAAUAUAUCGAAGUCGGAGACAUCGUCAGCAUCCCCCAUGGAGCGUCGCCUCCGGCAGAUGGCUUGAUCGUUGGGGAGGGCAAUUACCAGUUCGACGAAAGUUCACUGACCGGCGAGUCCAGACCCGUGAAGAAAUCCACAGGAGAGCAGGUGUUCACCGGAUCUGUCAAUGUCGAGCAGCCGGUGCGCAUUCAAGUCUCGGAGAUAGGCGGGUCAUCCAUGCUGGAUCGGAUCAUCGAUGUUGUUCGAGAAGGCCAGAGCAAGCGCGCGCCCGUGGAGCGAAUUGCAGACGCUCUGACUGCGCACUUUGUUCCGAUCAUCACGCUCAUAGCUGUUUCAACCUUUGUGAUCUGGCUUGCUCUUGGAGAGUCGGGGGUACUGCCGGCUGAUUACCUGGACGUUGCGCAUGGCGGGUGGGCGUUCUGGAGUCUCGAGUUCGCUGUUGCUGUGUUUGUCGUCGCCUGUCCCUGCGGUCUCGCUCUCGCUGCGCCCACCGCACUGUUUGUCGGCGGUGGUCUUGCUGCCAAGUACGGUAUUCUGGUCAAGGGAGGAGGCGAGGCUUUCCAAGAAGCGAGCCGUCUGAACGCGAUUGUCUUCGACAAGACCGGUACUCUGACGGAAGGGGGCAGCCUCAAAGUGUCUGACCAUGAGGUUCUGGCUCAAGACGCUCAGGAGGUGCAAGUUGCUUGGACCCUCGCUGCAAAACUGGAAGAGAGCAGCAAUCACCCAGUCGCUAGAGCUAUUCAUGCCUUUUGUAGCGACAAGUCUUCUACUUCUGUCUUGUCUUCCGACAUCCAAGAGAUCUCCGGCCAAGGAAUGAAGGGAACCUUUUCUCUGUCAUUGAAAGAGAACGAUUCAGCCCAGCAACAGGCCAAGUACGAAGCUGCAAUCGGAAAUCAACGCCUUCUCGAAUCUCUCGUCUCGCCAGAUGUCGACACCUAUUACUUGACCAACCUGCUCUCUCAAUAUCAGUCGGCAGGCAAAUCGACGGCAAUCCUUUUGCUACGCAGGCUUGAUCCAGAAUCCCCCAGAGCAUCCAAAUUCACCCCUACCAUGGUCUUUGCCACCUCUGACACGAUCCGCCCAGAGGCCGUGGACGUGAUCUCUCAGCUCCACAGCCGCAAAGUCCAGGUGUACAUGUGCACCGGCGAUAACCAAACCACAGCACACGCAGUGGCCGACAUGUUGGGCAUCUCGCGGUCGAACGUGAUGGCCAACGUGAUGCCAGCCGAGAAGGCCGAAUUCGUGCGUCAAGUACAGGGCAACGAUAAUCAUCCACGCAAGAUAGUCGCUUUCGUCGGCGACGGGAUCAACGAUUCGCCCGCUCUGGCCGCCGCGGACGUCAGUAUCGCGAUGGCCUCCGGCUCCGACGUGGCGAUCAACUCGGCCAGCUUCGUCCUGCUGAACUCGGACCUGAGCACCAUCCUCCAGCUGGUGGUGCUGAGCCGGCGUGUCUUCACCCGCGUCAAGAUGAACUUCGCUUGGGCACUGGUCUACAACGUCUGUCUGGUCCCGGUCUCCGCGGGGGUCUUCUACCCCAUCGUCUCGGGUCAUAAGCUGGCCACUCUCGACGGCAAAGAAACACUCGUCGCCACGCACUGGCGGUUCAGUCCCGUGUGGGCUGCGCUGGCUAUGGCGCUGAGCAGUAUCUCGGUUGUGACAAGCAGUCUGGCCUUGAGGAUUGAAUGGAGGAGCGUGAAGAAGAUCUUCGGCGCGAAGAGAAAUAUCUAG